ACAGAAAACACGCACAACCGGUUUCCUCUUGAUAAAGCAUACAAACACUUCAAUGGAAGGCCCGCCUGAUUUGUGAAACAUUGCUUACAACUUAGUGUUGCGUUAAACAUUAACGUAUCCUAUGACCGGAGAUACGAUGAAAUCGGACCUUUCAAUGGAAUCCAAAUACCGCUCCGAAGGAAGACACAGUCUGCCGCGGAGACGAGUCGCCACUAAAACCCAUUGUGAAAAUGGGGAUUUUGAAAUGGAGCUGUCGCUUGCUAUUCAAGAAAGCUUGAAGUAUGCCAAAGAAAAGGAAGGACAGUUAAAACGUGUCCAUAGAGAAUCUGCUUUACUCAAUGGUGUUACAUCAGAUGAGUCGUUGUCACGUAUGACAGGGAAGAUGCUGAGCUCAGCAAGCAACGAUCAGGGAUCGGAAGAAUUAAAACAACUAAAAGAUCUGCUGUUGAUUCACAUUGAACUCAUUCAACAUCAGCAGGAACUUUUAACGUCCAAAGACAAGGAAAUCGGAGUUUUAAGAAAAGAAAAAGACGAUUUACAAUGCCGCCUGGAAAAAGUGGAGAGGAGGGUGUCACUAAUGAAGCAGAAAGAGGAGUUACUUGAGGCCCAGAUAGCUAAAGAGAUCACAGAGACACCACCACAGGUACCUCCUGACAAGCAUAAGAAGAUUAUGAAACUAGAGGCUACACCUAGAAGGAAACGCCAAGCAAGGCAGCAAGUUAAAUUACGAAAACCUGCUAAAGUUACAAAAAAGAGUUCACAAGCAGACAAAAGAUGUGAAACAGAAUUAACUUCUAGUGAUGAUGAAUCAGAAGUAGAGUGUGAAAGUGUGGAAGAUGAGCACGGACAAGAAGAAAAGGAGAGAAGUGAUAAUGAUGUAGAUGAGUCUGAAGGCGAAGAAGAGAUGAAGGCUGAAGAAGAAAGUAAAGAUCCACACCCAUCUCCUGUGCUCAGGACAGAGUGUUUGUACCCUGUUACAUGCUUUGUGGAUAUGCCACCUGAAUAUCCCAUAGAUGUGCCAGAAGAAAAGGAGGUCUGCACAGGGGAGUUUGUGGAGACACCAGGGUGGAGGAUCAAAAUGCUGACAAACAGGUACCAGCUUGAGGGCACUGAGAAUAUUACAGAUGAAGCAUACCAGAAGCGACAUCAAAAACAUGAGAUGGAAGAAAAAAGAAGAAAACGAUGGGACAUUCAGCGGAUGCGUGAGCAACGGGUUUUUGAGAAGUUGCGUGGCAAACAGGAGAAGGCUGCCAGGACCUCUCAAGAAGAGAAAGGGGACAUUCAGACUUUUCUUCCUUUCAUAGACGAAUUGAGCCACAUUGAAAUCCUAGAUAGUGUUCCUGUUAUGGUUUUUGGCCAGGCAGUUCCACAUAUAGAGCCAUCAGAGUUUGAGCUACCUUGGGAUGCCACUCGCUCAGCUUUGGGUCGAAAGUCGCACAGUGUUCGAGGACGACAGAAGUAGAUCCUAUCGCCUCAGGGUUUCUACUACAAAGGAACAUUGUGUGGGCCAGUAAUGCAAAAAUGAAAGGAUUGCAUUUUUGUCAGAAGAUUGGUGUGACAAUCUUGUUUAAGUGGAUUGUAUUGGUGUAUGUGUGGAUUGUAUUGGUGCAUGUGUGGAUUAAUGCUGUUUUCAUUAGCGUAUGUCGAUGCGUGGGAUGAUACCCAUCUCUUUCAAAAUAUUGUACUAAUUUUCACAAGGGGAUUUGAAAUUCCCAAAGCUGUGGGUAUUGUCCAGAACAUUACCAUAGUGGUGAUAUGUUUUGUGUGUAAGCAUGUAUGAGUGCAUCCAUUUGGGAAAUAAGUGUAGGUGCAGAAGUAAACAUCUUUUUCACAACUGGCACAUCUGCAAUUUUCAGCAGGUUGGGCAGCUUCUGCCAGUUAGCAUCUCUUAUUUCUUUAUUGGUAUCUGAAUGCAAAUAGGCCCAUGAACAAUUGUACAUUGGUGAAGAUGAAGGUAAAAUGCUGUUCUUUGCUGCAUUAAUCAUCUCGUCUUGAUGCAUUCACUCAUUGAAGGGCUUAAUCUGACCAGCAGGUCUGUUAUCAUUACCAUUUUAAUUAAAAAAUCAAUAACAAGCCUUCUUAAGCCACGAGGUCUGGUUCAUUUUAUUAUGAACAGGCAAACUCGAGGUCUCGGGUCUAUUAUCACCUCUUAUUCAUUAAGUUGUUGACAUGCCUUCUCAGGCCAUGAUAUCCAUUUAUUUCAUCAUAAACAGGCUUAUCCAGGGCAUAGGUCUUAUCACUUUUCAUUUUGCUUGUCUACUCGGGCUUUGAGCCUUGGUCUCUACCUGUACUGUAGUAGGGAUUAUAUCAGCAGUGUUUUCAAUAUUGUGUUAACAUGACAAGCACACGUUUAUUUUAUUAGCAAGUAAACAAGAUUUGGACAAAACAUAUGAACCCAGGUUAUAUUAUUUCAAUGUUAACUGUUUUAAAAGUUUCCCUUAAUGUUUUAAUUUUCCUGAGUAUUUUGUUGUACCAUUAGUGGAGGGUGUCUUUUUUUCUUUUAUUUGGUCUGUUGAAUUUGAUUGCAGACAGUGUACCAAAAAGGUAUUAUGUAUAAAAUUUUACUUUAUUUAUACUUAUUUUUUCUGCAAGAAUCAUAGUUUUAGGGACUUUUUGUGAAAAUGCCCUUAAUCCUUUCACAUUGCUUUGUAAAUCUCUUCCACUUUAUCUCAAAGUGUACAUUAAUAUACUUUGGUAACUGUUACAUGUUUCUAUACAUCCUAGCACUGAUAUGGGCAUUCUGUGCAUUUGUAAAUGUCAUGUUUAGGAGCUGUGGGGGAAAUACACGCUGUACCUCACCUGUCUGAAAUUACAUGUGGUGCACUACUAUGAUCUAGGCUUCUGGUGUCAGAUAAUGGUAACACAUUUCACACAUGUCUUUGUGUUGAUUGUCUUGCACAUAUUUGAAAUUGUGGUAGUCACUAAUAUUGUACAUAAAGGCAGAAAUUGUUGCUGUGAAAUAAACGUUAGAUGGUUA